AUGUCGAGAGAUGACGACAGUCUUGGUGGAUGGAACGAUGGGCAAUUCGAUCCUUCGUCGUCAAGGCCGCCCCCAGGGGAGAACGAGGCAGCAUGGGUCCUCCGGAAUGCCAACCGGCUGGGCAUAGACUACGAUUCACUCCCUCAGACGCCCUUCUGGUCGCCUCUCUUUGGGCAGGGGCAGGACUGGUAUCGAGCGAACAUCGCCUCCAAAGUCAUCGGCUUCUCCGUCCUACUCAAAAGGGAGCUCUCGCAGCAGGAAAAGGAUGCCGUCUCCUUCCAUGCCGCCAAGGAGUGCGCUACUCGUGCGCUGGAGCCGCCCGCGGCGGUCGUGGCCGCCUAUGCUUUCGAGCGCCGAGGACGUGAUGCCUUCCGAUUCCCCUUCUGGAAGCCGAAGCCCACCACGAUCAACCCAGACGUUUUCCCGGGCCAAAUAUUCACGCUGCUUAGAGGCAGGAUGGCCUGGUCUGCAUGGCACGCCACACGCUUUAGCUGUUAUGCAUUCGUCAGCCAUAUGGUCCUGUCGGGAAUUUUUACCUCAUACGCGAUGUCGGUUUGGGUGGCCAACAUGAAGCUGGAUCCCAGGUUAGCGACAUUGCGUAAGGCGAUGGAGGAGACGGGGAAACAGGGGCGCCUCGGACGCCGACUCGGAGAACAAGGGGCAGAUCCAGGAGGCUGGCAGUCCCCAUCCCAGGGCGAGGACCCGAGUAUGCAAGAUGCCCCGUAUCCGUAUGGUCAGACACCCGGGGAUGUGCCUUCUUCGGGAGGGCGCAUGGAGGCAGAGGAAACGCGCCGUCAAUCUGAGAGCGCAGCCCGGGCACGGGAUCGCGGAUAUCCCACGCCAGGCCCAGCCUACGCCUCGCCCCAAGACUCCGCGUCCCAGUCGCAGGACGAUGAUGCUCAUCUCUUUGACGAUGCGUCUCCCAUGGCACCGUCAGAUCGCGGCAAGAAUGCCACCACUUCAGCCUCGGGCGGAUCUUCUUGGGAUAAGUUAAGGAAUCAGGCUAUGUCAGGGGGAAACACUGGCGGUCAAGCCGGCCCGAGGAUUGGUCAACGGUCCUCUGACGGGUACACCUAUUCAUCCGCAGAUGAAGACAAGUCUUAUGCGAAGCAGCAGGCACAGAAGGAAUUUGACGCCAUGUUGGAGAAAGAGCGUCGCGGGGAGGCAGAUGUUAGUGGACGUCGAUUCUAA